AUAAAAAAUUCAUGACUCUAAACUUCCAAAACAAACUAGCCCCAGUUUCCAGCAUGCAGAUGUGUAACAAUACAAGAAGAUCAUAAUGUUUAUGAAACAAAGCAAGUAGAAACACAUCCUAUCAUCACCACCCAAAAAGAAAAAAAAUAACUAGACUUGAGAAAUGGAGAUGGGAAGCAUGAGAGGGAACAACAGGCCGAGCUCGACCUUGAGCAUGAGCUUGAGGGAAGACAGCAAGCGGAUAUGGAGGGAAACGGAUGAUGGAGUGUUUAGGCGCUCAACACAUGAAGAAGACGACGAAGAGGCCUUGAAAUGGGCUGCCCUGGAGAAACUGCCAACUGUUGCUCGUCUCAGGAGAGGGAUUCUUGUAGGAUCAAAGGGCGCGCAGGAUGUUGAUGUUCAUGAUCUCGGAGACGAGGACAAGAAGAAGCUGGUGGAGAGGUUGGUCAGGAACGUGGAAAUUGAUAACGAGCAGUUCUUGAGAAGGCUCAGGAGCAGAAUUGAUAGAGUGGGAAUUGAAUUACCAACGAUUGAAGUGAGGUACGAGCAUCUGAAUAUCGAUGCAGAAGCCUACGUAGCAAGCAGGGCUCUGCCUACUUUCAUCAACUUCUACAUCAACGCUUUCGAGGGGAUUCUGAGCUUUCUCCGUAUAAUUCCCAGCAGAAAGAAACCGUUUAGCAUUUUGAAAGAUGUCAGUGGGAUCAUCAAGCCCAGCAGAUUGACCUUGCUUUUAGGCCCUCCGAGUUCUGGAAAGACGACCUACUUGCUGGCUUUGGCGGGAAGGCUUGAUUCUGAUCUAAAAUUUUCAGGAAGAGUGACUUACAAUGGCCAUGAAAUGAAUGAAUUUGUGCCCCAAAGAACUGCAGCGUAUAUCAGCCAACAUGAUCUGCAUUUAGGAGAAUUGACGGUUAAAGAAACCUUAGCAUUUUCGGCCAGAUGCCAGGGAGUUGGCUCACGAUAUGAGAUGCUGGCAGAACUGGCAAGAAGAGAGAAAGUAGCAAACAUUAAACCAGAUCCUAAUAUUGAUAUGUUCAUGAAGGCCGCUGCCACAGAAGGAGAUGAAGCAAAUGUUGUUACAGAGUACAUUCUUAAAGUUUUGGGGCUUGAUAUAUGCGCUGAUACUUUAGUUGGAAAUGACAUGUUAAGGGGGAUUUCCGGAGGGCAGAAAAAACGCGUCACAACAGGAGAAAUGCUUGUUGGACCAUCUAAUGCACUUUUCAUGGAUGAGAUAUCAACUGGACUGGACAGUUCUACAACAUAUCAGAUCAUCAAUAUGCUUCGACAAUAUGUUCACAUCAUGGAGGGAACUGCUUGUAUCUCACUCCUGCAGCCAGCGCCUGAGACAUAUGACCUGUUCGAUGACAUUGUGCUUUUGUCUGAGGGGCAUGUUGUCUAUCAAGGUCCUAGAGAACAUGUGCUUGAAUUCUUUGAAUCCAUGGGUUUCAAAUGCCCUGAUAGAAAAGGAGUGGCUGAUUUCUUGCAAGAAGUAACCUCAAAAAAGGAUCAGCAACAAUAUUGGGCAGAUAAGGAAAAGCCAUACCAGUUCGUUUCAGGUAGAGAAUUCGCAGAGGCAUUUCAAUCAUCUGUCGUUGGUCGGAGGCUUGGGGAAGAGCUUGCAGUUCCAUACGAUAGGAGCAAGAACCAUCCUGCUGCAUUGACAACUAAAAAGUACACUCUCGGGAAUAAGGAACUCCUGAAAGCCUGUGCUCAAAGAGAAAUCUUGUGGACAAGGAGAAACUCAUUUGUCUAUCGCUACAAAAUCUUCCAGCUCCUCAGCAUGGCAGCUGUAUCCAUGGGAAUGUUCUUCCGAACUAGAAUGUCUAAAGACAACAUCACUGACGGAGGCAUAUACACCGGGGUACAAUUUUUCUCAGUCAUUAUAGUCAUGUUCAACGGAAUGUCAGAGCUUGCGAUGACAAUUAGGAAGCUUCCUGUCUUCUACAAACAAAAGGAUAUGUUCUUCUUCCCCCCAUGGAUAUAUGGUCUUCCACCAUGGUUACUGAGCAUUCCGUUGGCCCUUUUUGAAGUUGGUCUAUGGACAGGUUUAACUUACUAUGUAUAUGGACUUGAUCCAAAUGUAGGAAGAUUUGUGAAGCAGUACCUCUUGCUCUUUUUCGUAAACCAGCUAGCAGGAGGACUAUUCAGAUUUAUUGCAGCAGCAACAAGGAAUAUGAUUGUAGCAAACACAAUUGGCAUGUUCUCUAUGCUCGCGCUUUUUGCACUAGGCGGAUUUGUCCUGGCACGAAACAGUGUAAAGAAAUGGUGGUUAUGGGGUUACUGGUCCUCACCAUUGAUGUAUGCUCAGAAUGCAAUUCUUGUUAACGAAUUCACAGGACACAGUUGGAGUAAGAAGAUUAAUGGGACUAAAUUAGGUGUCCUUGUGAUGGAGUCAAGAGGUUUCUUCCCAGAAUCUUACUGGUAUUGGAUAGGAUUGGGAGCUUGCAUUGGAUUCAUGUUUUUAUUCAACUUCGGCCACUUGAUCUGUCUUACAUAUCUCGGUGCAUAUGACAAGAAACAAGCUGUAUUACCAGAAGAAGAUGAAGAGGGUGCCAUCCGAGCUAGGGCUCAGGCUCAGGUUGGUGGAACCUCAUCCACAGAAAUAGAAGCCAAUGCGAACCAGAGUAGGGGAAUGAUCCUGCCAUUUGAACCGCAUUCCCUUACAUUUAAUAACAUCAGCUACGCAGUUGACAUGCCAACAGAAAUGAAAGCUUUAGGAGCAAAUGAAGCUAAACUGGUACUCCUGAAGGAAGUAAGCGGGGCGUUUAGGCCAGGUGUUCUUACUGCUUUGAUGGGUGUUAGUGGAGCUGGUAAAACUACAUUGAUGGAUGUAUUAGCCGGGAGAAAAACAGGAGGAUAUAUUGAAGGAGACAUCAAAAUCUCUGGUUAUCCAAAGAAACAGGAAACGUUUGCCCGGAUAUCUGGAUAUUGUGAGCAGAACGACAUCCAUUCUCCAAAUGUCACGGUCCAUGAGUCACUCACUUACUCAGCUUGGUUGCGCUUGCCAGCAGAAGUGGAUGUAAAAACUAGAAAGAUGUUCGUUGAAGAGGUGAUGGAACUUAUAGAACUUAACUCAUUGAGAGGAGCAAUAGUUGGGUUGCGUGGGGUUACUGGUCUCUCAACUGAGCAGAGAAAACGACUGACAAUCGCAGUUGAACUUGUAGCUAAUCCUUCAAUCAUAUUUAUGGAUGAGCCAACAUCUGGGCUUGAUGCAAGGGCUGCUGCAAUUGUGAUGAGAACAGUCAGAAACACGGUGAACACAGGAAGAACAGUGGUAUGCACUAUCCAUCAGCCAAGCAUCGACAUAUUUGAAGCAUUUGAUGAGCUGUUUUUGCUGAAAAGGGGAGGUGAAGAGAUAUAUGUCGGGCCACUGGGCCGCAACUCGAGCCAUAUGAUCAACUACUUUGAAGCAAUAGAAGGAGUAGCAAAGAUUAAAAAUGGAUAUAAUCCAGCUACCUGGAUGCUUGAAGUCACUUCUUCUGCACAAGAGCUUCAAUCGGGAUCUAAUUUUGCGGAUCUUUACAAAAAUUCAGACUUGUACAGGAGGAACAAAGCCCUGAUCAAUGAAUUGAGCGUCCCUCGCCCUGGCACAAAAGAUCUAUAUUUCCCCUCGCAGUUUUCUCGAUCCUUCCUCACUCAAUGCAAGGCUUGCUUAUGGAAACAACACUGGUCCUACUGGAGAAAUACCGCAUACACAGCAGUCAGAUUUGUUUUCACAACCUUCAUAGCCCUUAUGUUCGGCUCAAUGUUCUGGGAUCUCGGCUCCAAAACGGACAAUCAACAAGACCUCUUAAAUGCCAUGGGUUCAAUGUACUCUAGCAUCAGCUUCUUGGGGUUCCAAUACGGCUCGACAGUCCAGCCAGUAGUUUCCAUUGAACGGACAGUCUUUUACAGAGAAAAGGCAGCAGGAAUGUACUCAGAUCUACCAUAUGCGCUCUCGCAAGUCCUCAUUGAGAUUCCAUAUGUCCUUGUUCAAUCCAUUUUAUAUGGCCUUAUUAUCUAUGCAAUGAUUGGAUUCGAUUGGAAUGCUGAGAAAUUCUUCUGGCUCUUGUAUUUCCUUUUCAUCACAUUGCAAUUCUAUGUUCUAUACGGCAUGAUGGCUGUGGCAGUAUCUCCUAAUCAAACUGUAGCCAACAUUAGCUCUUCUUUCUUCUAUGGACUGUGGAAUCUCUUCUCGGGCUUCAUCAUCCCACGCCCUGCUAUGCCUGUGUAUUUUCGAUGGUACUACUGGUUAUGCCCCACGGCUUAUAGCUUGUAUGGUAUGCUUGUUACUCAAUUCGGGGAAAACCAGAAUCUGAUGGCUUCUGGGGAAACUGUUGAACAAUUCUUGAGAAACUACUUCGGCUUCAAACACAGUAUGGUGGGAUUCGUGGCAUCCAUGCUUCUCGUGUUCGUCAUCGCUUUCACUUUAAUAUUUGCAUUUGCAAUCAAGAUGCUCAACUUCCAGAAAAGAUAACUUAGUAUCAGAGUCCUCAAACUAUAGUAUUAGUAUUUCAACAAAACUUUUCUUGGUUAAAGCUGCAUUUCCUUUUAAAUAUCUUCAAUUUCACUACUAUCCACUCUUGUACAAAUAAAAACAUUGCAGACAAGACUUAUUCAAACAAAUCUACAAGCUUGAUUCUUUA